AUGUUAAUGUGUUUCAUUUUGCAGACUUUGUGGUUGGCGUGCAGGGCUGUAAUUUUCGGUAGCGCAAUUAUAACUGUUGGCAUUUUGACAACAAUUCUUGGCUACUUUGAUGUAUAUUUAUCUCAGGAAACCGUACGUGAAUCAGACGAUGGCGUCGAUGAACUGUCUACUAACUGGACUAAGAGAUAUUUAUUCAAAAGUCUGCAGUAUCUUGGACCAGUUGCGAUGGGCAUUGGUUCAUUUAUCCUUAUUAUUGCUUGCGUUAUAACUCUUGAAAAUCGAGACAAGAAUGCCCAAAUCAUUAACGAUGUAAAGGAAACUGAUCUCUAUGACAAAAAAUCUUUACUGCAAAAGGAAGUGGAAAGAAAGUGUCUGCAAAUGACCAAUGAAAAGAUUUGUGAAUGGGCACCUCAAUAUAAAGCAGUUUCAUACGAUUCUAAUUCAGGCUAG